AUGCCGUUCGACUUUAGAGGAAAGAAAGUGUUAGAAACGGGAGCAGGGAAAGGAAUAGGACUUACCUUGGCAAUUGCCCUAAGUCACGAUGGCUGCAAAGUUUAUGCUCUAAGUCGGACUAAGUCUACAUUGGAUGCUUUAGUAGAAGAAUGUCCAGGCAUUAUACCUACUGAAGCCGAUUUAUGUAACUGGGACGAUACAAGAGAAAAGUUAGAAAAACUUGAAGUUUUGGACGGUCUGGUGAAUAAUGCAGGUAUAGACGGCCAUGAUUACACAGCAUUGGAGUGUCCAAAAGAGUUCUUAUGUAAGUUAUUGGAUAACAACCUUCUUAGUGCAAUAAACUGUUCACAAGUGGUUGCUAAGAAAAUGAUAGAAGCCAAAAUUAAAGGGUCAAUAGUCAACAUAUCGAGUAUAGCAGGUUUAGCUUCGUUCCCAAAUGGACUACCUUAUAAUGUGUCAAAAGCUGGAAUGGAUAUGGCAACCAAACAGUUCGCUCUAGAACUCGGACCACAUGGUAUCCGCGUGAAUUCCGUGAACCCGGCACUCGUAAGGACACCAAUGAUGCAAGACCUCAUCGAGAAAGGGUUGCCGAUGGAAAGUUUAUGUAUUGAAAGAUGCCCAAUGGACAGGAUUAUAGAGGUACACGAAGUCGUAGAUCCGAUCCUGUAUCUCCUUAGCGACCACUCAUCCAUGGUGACUAGGCAGACGCACGUAGUUGAUGGCGGUAUUCUUUCUAACAUUACGGUUAAAAUCUAA